CUCCAUAAUCUGACCUUUGCUUUUCUGGCUGGGAUUCUCUUCUCAAUCUCAUGGAUCACAUUCAAACUCUUCUCUCACUACUUCCAAACCUCCUGCUCCCAUUCCAUUCUCCUUUCACUUUUCCUCUCAUUUCACUCCUACUACAUACUAUAGUCUCAAAUUCUUUGACCUUUGUGCCAAUCUCCUUACACACCCCAAAGGUCCAUAGAUUUCACCUUCUGUCAUAUUAUGUUUUCAUGUUAUUCCACAUGGCAUUACUUUAGAUUGGUAAAUCAUGAUGUGUAGAUAAAACUAUGGCUGGGACUUCAGUCCUUCAGCAGACCAACUUCUUUUCACCGCCUGCAGAUCCACCACAAUUCUCCGAGUUGAAUUUGAGGUUGAAGGAGCAACAGUGCUUAUCUCUCCUCAAGAGGUGCAAGAACUUGGAAGAUUUCAAGCAAGCUCAUGCCCAGAUCAUCAAAUGGGGUUUCUUUUGGAACUCCUUUUCUGCAAGCAAUCUGGUGGCUGCAUGUGCUCUCUCAGAUUGGGGUAGCUUGGACUAUGCCUGUUCCAUUUUCCAACAAUUCCAUGAACCCGGUACUUUUGAAUUCAAUACCAUGAUCAGAGCUCAUGUCAAAGACAUGAACUUUCAGGAUGCUUUAGUUUUUUAUUAUGAGAUGCUUGAAAGAGGAGUUGAGCCUGAUAAUUUCACUUAUCCUGCACUUUUCAAGGCAUGUGCCUGGUUAAAGGCAAGAGAGGAAGGAAUGCAAAUUCAUGGGCAUGUAUUUAAGUUUGGGUUUGAAAGUGAUCUUUAUGUACAAAACAGUUUGAUCAAUAUGUAUGGCAAAUGUGGGGAGAUACAACAUUCUUGUGCAGUUUUUGAGCAAAUGGAUGAAAAGAGUGUUGCUUCUUGGAGUGCUAUUAUUGCAGCAAAUGCUAGUUUGGGAAUGUGGUAUGAGUGUUUAAUGGUAUUUGGGAACAUGAGUAGUGAGGGAUGUUGGAGGCCUGAAGAAAGCACACUAGUUACUCUGCUCUCUGCUUGUACUCAUUUGGGUGCUUUGGAUUUGGGGAAAUGCACACAUGGGGCAUUACUGAGGAACAUUAGUGAACUCAAUGUCAUAGUUCAAACCUCAUUGAUAGACAUGUAUGUCAAAUGCGGGUAUUUGGAGAAAGGUUUAUCACUCUUUAAGAAGAUGACCAAAAGGAACCAAAUGUCCUAUACUGUAAUGAUUUCAGGGCUUGCCAUGCAAGGACAUGGUGAAGAAGCUCUAGGGAUAUACUCAAUGAUGCUAGAAGAAGGUCUGGACCCGGAUGAUGUAGUCUAUGUGGGCGUAUUAAGUUCUUGCAGUCAUGCUGGCCUUGUUGAUGAGGGCUUCAAUUGCUUUGAUAGAAUGAAAUCUGAGCAUGGAAUAGAACCAACAGCUCAGCAUUAUGGUUGCAUGGUAGACCUCAUGGGAAAAGCUGGGAUGAUCAAUGAAGCUCUUGAGUUCAUCAACAGCAUGCCUAUCAAGCCCAAUGAUGUGGUCUGGAGAAGCCUUCUUAGUGCUUGUAGAGUUCAUUGUAACUUGGAAAUCGGAGAGAUUGCAGCCAAGCAUCUAUUCGAGUCAAACUCGCAGAACGCCGGUGACUAUGUGAUACUGUCGAAUAUGUAUGCACGAGCUGAAAAGUGGGUGGAGGUGGCUAAAAUUCGGACGGAAAUGGCUAGAAAAGGUUUCAACCAAGUACCGGGAUUUAGCUUGGUUGAAGUUGGAAGAAGAAUCCACAAGUUUGUCUCGCAAGAUACAUCUCAUCCUCGAUGCGGAAAUGUCUAUGAGAUGAUUCACCAGAUGGAAUGGCAGUUAAAAUUCGAGGGUUAUUCCCCGGACACGUCUCAGGUAUUGCUUGAUGUUGACGAAGAAGAGAAGAGGCAGAGAUUGAAAGGUCAUAGUCAGAAGCUAGCCAUUGCAUUUGCACUCAUCCAUACGUCUAAAGGCACACCUAUAAGAAUAGCUAGAAACCUCAGGAUGUGCAGUGACUGUCAUACGUAUACCAAACUAAUAUCCAUCAUCUAUGAACGUGAAAUUACCGUAAGAGAUCGUAAUCAGUUCCACCAUUUUAAAAAUGGAACUUGUUCUUGUAGGGAUUACUGGUGAAGCGAUAAACUUUUCAUUAUCAGGA